AUGGCUCGCUCUCUUUUCGCACUUCUCUUCAUCGCGGUGAGUUGGAGCUCUCUACGUCUCACCACUUCUCGGUCGAUAACCCGCCGGCGCGGUUUGAAGUAUUCUCUCCGAUCCUGGUGCAGGUCGCGGUAGCAGCAGCAUCAGCCGCGAAUUUAGCUCCCCAGAACUACUGGGAAACCGUGUUGCCUAACACUCCCAUCCCCAGCGCGCUACGCCAGCUACUGCCGGCAGGUUUUCCUCUCUCUCCACCUCGCUCAUUGCUAAAAGUGGUCUGGUCACAGAGUCCCUCGUCGUCUGACUGUUUUCCAUUCCGCGUCCGCAGAUGCGAAGGCCGGCGUGGACUCCAGCCUCUUCGGCGUCGGGGUGACCGUGGGAACGUCCCCACCGACUGGUGUCUUCGUCGGAGUGUUAGGCUUCAACUACGCGUACGCCGCCACCGACACGCAGGUCCACGACAACGCAGACGUGGCUCUCUUCUUCCAGGAGAAGGACCUCGUCCCAGGGUCCAAGAUGAACCUGCACUUCACCAGGACCGCGUCCAACUCCGCCUUCCUGCCCCGCUCGGUCGCCAACUCCAUUCCCUUCUCCUCCGCCAAGAUGUCCGACAUACUGAGCCUCCUCUCCGUCGAACCCCACUCAGAGAAAGCGGCGGCCAUUGAGAAGACCCUGCACAGGUGCGAGGAGCCGGCCGUGGCGGGCGAGACCAGCUUCUGCGCCACCUCACUGGAAUCCAUGGUCGACUUCACCACCGCCAGCCUCGGCUCUCGCGACCUCGUGGCGCUGUCCACUGAGGUCAGCAAGGCGGGCUCGCCGAAGCAGACUUACGUCAUAGCGCCCUCCGGCGUGCAGAAGCUCGCCGGCGGCAAGGCCGUAGCCUGCCACGCUCAGUCGUACGCGUACGCCGUGUUCUACUGCCACGCCACGCGCGCCACCAAAUCCUACGUGGUGUCUCUGGCGGGGAAGGACGGGACCCUGGUGGAGGCUGUGGUGGUGUGCCACACCGACACGUCCAGCUGGAACCCCAAGCACAUCGCCUUCCAGCUGCUGAAGGUGAGCCCGGGGACCCCGGUGUGCCACUUCCUCCCGCAGGACCACGUCGUCUGGACCCGUCGCACCUAG